AGAAUUGAGGAGUGUUUUUUUUUUUUUGGCCAGCUAGGAGUUCUUUACAACAAAAAUGGAGAGCACUCGGGUUUUCGCAAGGAGCGCGGCAGCCAGGAAAGACAGUGGCUACAGACAGCAGCAAGGAUUCAGGAACAAGUUUGCAGGUUACAGUUCACAGUUUUCCGGAUGGGCAUCGACCUUCUUCUUUUAUAACUUCCCAAAGGAAUUAAAGGCAAAAUUUCUAUGGAACAGUUUUCAGAUGUACGGCAAGGUCGUCAAUGUGUAUAUUCCGAGAAAGCGCGAUAAGGGAGGAAAGAGGUAUGGUUUUGUGCGACUAACAGGGGUCAAGAAUGAGAUGCAAAUGGAGAGGAGGCUAAAUGAGAUAUGGAUUGGCUCGUAUAAGAUGAGAGUGAAGAUUGCAAGUGACAGACAAAGGAAACCAGCAUCGUCCAGGAAGGUGCAAGGCGCGAUUAAAGGCAGUGGUUCAACAAGCAUCAUGAACAGGUUGGUUCAACCAGGGCACUCUUAUGUACAAGCAGUGAAGGGCCGAGGAAAGGGAGCAGAUAAGGCUUCAAAACAAUCACAGGAAAAGGAAACAAAAGAAAUCCCAAAAAAGGAAAAGGGCAAAACAAGGGUACAAGUGAAUAAGGAUGGAGAAAAUACAAGGGUACAGGUGAAUAAGGAUGGAGAAAAAAUAGAGAGGACUAUCGAGUACAUUCCGACGGGUGAUGAGCUGAAAUGGCUUGAAGGCGGCUUGGUCGCAGUGGUGAGGUCAAUGGCGCUGGUAUCAGAGAUCCAAGAGCAAUUGGACGCAGACGGGGGCUCAAUCUUGCUAUCACCAAUGGGGGGAAGACGAGUACUUUUAACUGAGAAAGUUGCAGGGUGCUUAGCUGAUUACAUGAAGCACAAUGAAGAGAUGUUUGGUACGUGGUUUGAGUCUAUAGCUCCAUGGGAGAAGGCACCAGAGGAGAUAAGCCGUAUGAUGUGGGUGCGCAUAUCGGGAGUGCCUUUAAAGGCAUGGGGAGAGAGGUGUUUUCAGAUGAUAGGGGAGUCAAUCGGAGAAGUUUUACUGGUUCACGAGGACACAAAGAAGAAAGCAAUAUUAUGGGAUGGGAGAGUUUUGAUCCUAUGCUCGGAGGCGAGUAAAAUUGCAAAACAAGUUAAGUUGAAGGUAGGAGAGCAGGUGUUUGAGAUAGAGAUAGCUGAAGAGGAGUGGCGCUCUGACCCAGACUGGUGGCUAUCGGAGAAUGACUGGAAAAACGACCUGGAAUCGGAGUCCGAUUACUCAAUCUCAUGGUGUCAGAACGAGGAUCCGGAAAUGGCUAUGGAUGUGAUUGGCGACGGUGAGGAUGUAAGUAAUGGUUCAAAGCAUUUAAUGAAGGAUACGGUGUCAAAUUCAAAUAUGAAGAGUGUAACAAAAACGGAGGGAUGUAUUCAAACUGUGCAAGAGACAGAUCUGGAAGAGGAUGAAAACGUUGGGCUGUCCAAGGAGAGUGAGCCACAAAAAGAGAGUUCUGUUGGGCCAGUAGAAGGCAGUGGGCCGAACAAUAGGAUGGGCUGGGGUCAGACAAAAGAAACAAACAUGAAGGACACCAUUUUAAAUGCACAAAUUUCAGUAAACCUAGCGGCAUUGCAGAAAUCGAAAAUCACAAAAAAGGAAAGCAAAAAACAAAGACUUCUUCAAAAAUGUUACCCAGAGACCAAGGAGGAGAUCUGGGCAAAAGGAGCAACGUGGGUAACACCCAGAACAAGGCAGCGACAGGCACGAAGAGCGGAAACUUGCCAAGCCGGAGAUGACAAGGUACACAUCGCUGCUACUGUAUCAAUUUCAGAUAGGUGUAUUGAAAAUAGAAAUAGGGUGUUGCGGAUGGAGAUGAAUAUGCAUGAGGUGCGCCGGCUGAUGGGGGUAAGGAAGAGAUUGGGUUUUAUUUUUGAUAAAAAUGAGGAGGAGAUUCAAUCAAAGCUACUAGAGGCAAUAGAUCGAGAUGGGGCAGAGAGGAGGGACACGGUAGAGAGGGGUUUGGGUGGGUCGGUGAAGAAAAAGGAAGUGAGAAGGCUGGUUCAAGUAGAGAAGCUUGAUUUUCUGUUCUUGCAGGAAACAAAGUUAGAAAAUGUGGAUGUAGGUAUCUGUAGACAGUUGUGGAAUUCAGAUGAGUUCGAUUGGGUGGUGAAGGGAUCUUCCGGAGCUUCAGGGGGUUUACUAUGUAUGUGGGAUAUGAGACAGUUUGUUAAGAGGGAAGUUUUUACUGGUGAUGGAUUUGUGGGAUUUGCAGGGGAAUGGGGAGCAAAUAAAAAGCAGUAUUUUUUAAUUAACGUGUAUGGGCCAAUUGAUAGACAGAAGAAGGCUAGUUUGUGGGAGGUUUUGAGGAAAAUGGUGACAGACAAGGAAGGGUGUUGGUUGAUAGCAGGGGACUUUAAUGCAGUCAGAGGUCCUGAGGAGAGACAAGGAAGAACAGGGGAGAGCCCAAAUAUGAAGGAUUUUGAUGAGUUUAUUGUGACAACAGAUUUGGUGGAUGUCAAGUUGUCGAAUAAAAGGUAUACAUGGUACAAGCCAGACGGCACAGCAAAGAGUAGAUUGGACAGAUUCCUAUUGAGUACGGAGAUGAGUAAUGUGGAAGGAGAGUGGAUACAACAAGGAUUGCCAAGGAAUAUCUCUGAUCAUUGUGCUAUCGUGUUGAAGUCCAGAACAACAGAUAGGGGACCAAGACCUUUUCGGGUUUUGGAUGCAUGGCAACAACAUCCAGAUUUUAAGAAGUUUGUAGAAGAUAAAUGGAGUGAGAUGAUGGUGGAGGGUUUUGCAGGGUAUAAAUGCCAGCAAAAGUUGAGAUUGCUAAAAGGUUUUUUAAAAGGCUGGAACAAGGAUGUUUUUGGGAACAUGGAAGCUCAAUAUGAACAAGAUGUAGAAAAGAUUGAGCAAGUGGAUAUGCAGAACGAAAUAUCAGACCUGGAAGAUUCUGAGAUUGUGAAAAGGCAAGAGGGUUUUGCAGAGAUGUGGGAUGUUUUGAGAAAGAGGGAACUUAUCUGGAAGCAGAAGUCAAGAAGUAAAUGGGUGCAUGAGGGAGACGCAAAUACCCGCUUUUUUCAUAGAGUUGCAAAAGGAAGAAGAGCACAAAACAAUAUUGCGGGUUUAAUGUGUGAUGGGGCAUGGAUUGAUGAUCCAAUUUUAGUUAAAAAUGAGAUCGUCAAAUACUUCAGAAGAUUAUUUCAAGGAGAGGCAUGGAAUAGACCAAAGCCUGGGGAUAUUAAAUUCCAGCAGCUAUCCGAGGAGAAAAAAGAUUGGCUGGAAAGACCUUUUUCAGUUGAAGAAAUAGAGGAAGGCUUAAGGAGCUGUGAAGGUUCAAAGGCUCCAAGACCUGAUGGUUACAACUUUAACUUUCUUAAAUAUGCGUGGCACUACAUAAAGGAGGACUUCAUCAACUUCUUUACGGAAUUCCACUGUAAUGGUAAAUUGGUGAAGGGUCUAAACUCUUCUUUUUUAACCAUGAUUCCUAAAAAGUUGAAUGUAGUAGAAUUAAAGGAUUAUAGACCCAUUAGCUUGAUAGGAUGUGUCUAUAAAUUAUUAGCGAAGGUGCUGGCUAAUAGAUUGAAAUCAGUAAUAUCAGAAAUAGUGAGUGAAACGCAAUCUGCUUUUGUGCGGGGCCGACAGUUGGUGGAUAGUGUCUUGGUGCUGAAUGAAGUUGUGGAUGAAAUAAAGAAGAAGAAACAACCAGCCUUUGUGUUUAAAGCAGAUUUCGAAAAGGCUUAUGAUUGCGUAGAUUGGUCCUUUUUGGAUUGGAUGAUGGAGAGUUUUGGAUUUGAAACAAAAUGGAGAGGCUGGAUUAAGGAGUGCCUUUCAACGGCGAGAAUCUCGGUUCUGGUAAACAGAAGCCCGACAAGGGAAUUUGAGGUGGGUAAAGGGUUGAGACAAGGUGAUCCUUUAUCUCCUUUCCUCUUUUUGAUGGUUGCAGAGGGGUUACAAGGUCUGGUACAGAGAGCAGUAAAGGAGGGAAUGUUGAAUGGGAUUGAGAUUGGAAAGAAAGGCCUGUCCGUGUCGCUGCUCCAGUUUGCUGAUGAUACAAUCAUCAUGGGCAGAGCGGAUGCUGAGAAUAUACGUACGGUGGAGGACAUCCUAAAAUGGUUUGUGCUUAUGUCGGGCUUGAGGAUCAAUUUCAGCAAGAGCAGCAUUUUUGGUUAUAAUGUGUCGGAGAAAUGGCUAAAAGGAUCAGCGGGUAUGAUACAAUGCAGGGUUGGUCGAGCACCGUUUCUUUAUCUAGGAUUGCCCGUUGACGGUAAAUCUGGGAACAAGAAAUAUUGGGAGCUGGUUGUAAACAAAUUCCGUACCAAACUCACUGUCUGGAAGGCUACUACUCUUUCCUUUGAAGGCCGCCUCGUCUUGCUAAAUUCGGUACUCUCUGCUCUACCUAUUUUUUAUAUGUCUUUAUAUUUAUUACCUAAUUCUGUGAUUGAGGAGUUGAUUAGAAUUCAAAGGAGGUUCUUAUGGGGCGGGGCAGAACUAAAUAAGAAAAUUCCAUGGGUUAAAUGGGAAUACGUAUGUCGAGCUAAGGCGAAGAGGGGGCUCGGGGUGCCUGACUUACAGAAUAAAAAUUGGGCUAUGUUAGGAAAAUGGUGGUAUAGGUUUGGUGACGGGGUCGAGAGUUUAUGGAAAAGGGUGGUGAAGGAGAAAUAUUAUGGGGGUAGGAGGGAGGUCGAUAUUACUACGAUUGAGUGUUUAAAGGUGUCCAAGAUUUGGAGGGACAUUAUUCGGAUUGGGGGUCGAUCUCUCAAACUUAGGAAUAUAUUGGCUGAGGGUUUCAAGUGGGAGGUGGGUGAAGGAAAUAGAGUGGGUUUUUGGUCUGAUAGGUGGAUUGGUGUUAAAAGUCUUAGGGAUUUGUUCCCUAGGUUAUUUGCACUUUCUGUGAAGAAGGAUGGAAAGGUUUUUGAGAUGGGGAUUUGGGAAAAGGGUAGAUGGUGGUGGAGGAUGGAGUGGAGGAGGGGUACAAUAGGGAGAGAGAAAGAUGAGGAGGUGCUGUUGGAGAAGGUGCUGGAGGGUGUCAAACUAAAGGAGGGGGCAGGGGAUGUUUGGAAGUGGAUACAUGUGAUGGAUGGCAAAUAUGGGGUGAAGAUAGCGUAUGAUUUUCUAGCUACUUCGAAGGGUGUCUUGGAGGACCAGAUGUGUAAACUAAUAUGGUGUAGAUUGGUGCCAUCCAAAGUGGCUUUUUUUGGGUGGCGUUUGUGCUUAGAUAGACUCCCAACAAAGGAUAACUUGCAAAAACGUGGGAUAGUGUUACAGGAGGGGGUGUUGAGGUGGUGGGGUUUGGAGUUUGUUUUACCUAAUACAGUAAGGGGAAUGGCAGAGUUUUUCAUUGGAAGUUUGGGUAGAUUAGUUGGAAAAGAGAUGGGUUCAUGUAUUUUCCUAAUGGUCGCCUGGUAUCUAUGGUAUAGACGGAAUGUUCAAGUGUUUCGAAAAGAUGAAGGUUUGCCAGAGAACCUGAUGGAAAGGAUGCAAGUUAAAACAUUUAUAUGGAUUAAAUCCAAAGUCAAUGGCUGUGGUUUCUCUUUUUACGAAUGGCAGACUUACCCAAUGGAGUGUGCUAUGUCUGUCAAAAACCAUAAAAGGUUGAGGAAGCAGGUCUAUAAAGCUUGCGUGCCCCUGAGAUGAUGGCUAGGCGGGUCUGUUUUGUUUCCAAUAUGUAGUAUGUGGGCACCUGUGGCUUUUUGUUUGUGAUUAGUAAGCUGUAUCAGUUGCUGGUUUUUAGGAGAUUGGCUCUCCUCUAUUGUGGUUACCAUUUUUGUAUAUGGGCAGGAGCACCCCUUGUGCUUCAUUAAAUUAAAUUUUCUUUG